CUUCACAGUGCCAUGACUGAGGAAUUUCAAGGAGCAAAUUUCUCAUACACAAACUUCAUUUUUGCUGGAUUUCCAGAGAUCUUUCAAUAUAGGAAAUUACUUUUCUUACCAUUUUUCCUGAGUUACAUAUUGGUUAUGGUUGGAAAUUCUUUAAUGCUUUUUGUAAUUAAAAAUACAAAAAGUCUUCAUAGCCCGAUGUACAUGUUAGUAUCUGCCUUGGCCGUGGUUGACAUUAUUGUACCUACUGCAAUUGUUCCAGCUAUGCUGCUCAGUUUACUCUUUGACUUAAAUGAAAUAUCUUUAGUUGGAUGUUUGAUACAAAUGUUUUUUAUACACUUUUUUUCCUCUGUCGAGUCUACCAUUCUUUUAGCAAUGGCUCUGGAUCGCUCUGUAGCUAUCUGCAAUCCACUUCGAUAUAAUGCAAUCAUGAACUCAUCAAUGUUUGUAAAAUUACUGCUUUUUACUUUGAUCAGGAGUGGCACAAUAAUGUCUGUUCUGGUUUGUUUAGCUGCAUCUUUGUCUUUCUGUCGGUCCAAUAUUAUUCAUCAUUGCUACUGUGACCACAUGGCUCUUGUUAGUUUAGCCUGUAAUUCAACUGCAAAGAAUAAUGCAAUGGGCAUUGCUGUCAUUGUUUGUUUUGCUGGAAUUGAUAUAUCUGUCAUUUUCUGCUCCUAUGUGAAAAUCUUGCACGUGGUGCUGAGAGCUGCGGCAGGUGAGCAGAGAUCAAAAGCACUUCAUACUUGUGGUACUCACCUGAUUGUAAUGAUGUGUUUUUAUUUUGUGGGAAGUGUCACUUUUCUCUCCCAUAACCUUAGUAUUCCGAUUCCAUUGGGUGUCAACACCUUUCUGGGUAUCACAUACAUAGUUGUUCCUGCAUGCAUUAAUCCAAUUAUCUAUGGGGUUCGAACGAAAGAAAUACAGAAAGCACUAUUAAAAAUGUUCAAAAUACAUGUCAAUAGGGUGUUUACAGUAAAGGUUUCAACUUUGAAUUUCUGA